GGGAUUGCACAGUAAAUACAGCACACUCUGUUAGUCAAAAUUAUUAAAAUUUGGCUAAGUUGAGUUUGUACGUUGCGUGUCUCUUUCAUAUUAUUCAAUGGUGAUGGCAAGAAAAAUAGAAAUUGCGUUGCUUAUUUAUAAGACUCCUCAGAAGCAGUAAAUGUAUCAUUGUUCAAUUUAUGCAUGUAUAAUUGUAUAUGAAUAUUCAUAAUUAUAUCGAAAGCUACGUUUCGUUACAUCUCUAAUACUGUUCCUUCGAGUGACAUAAUUUACUUUGUAUUAAGCGAGUAGCGCAGUGUGUAAUUCUGUCUAAUUGGAACGUAGUGUGGAAAAUAAAUAUUUAUCAUUUCUCUACAACAUACAGUUUUAUUCAUAAACUUGAUCUUGUGUAAUUGAUCGAGACCAAACAAUGUUCAAACCAAAUCAAGAACCUGACAUACCUGCAGCACUCGGACUGUUGACACACUUGACGAAUGAUGAACUCAAAGAAUUAUUAAAUAAUGAUGCAAAAUUUGAAGAUAUUGUGAAGGAUGUAAAGCAGUUCAAAGAUUUGGAAACAGAAAAGGAAAUGUUAAUGGCAAGUAAUAGGUCAUUAGCAGAAUUUAAUUUAUCAAGGCAACCAGAAUUACAAGAGGGUAAACAGAUAUUAAAGGAACUCAGUGAAACAGCAAAUAGAUUAUGUUCAAAUGUAAAAGAAAAAUUAGAUGAAUUAAAGGACAAAUCUGGAGACAUGAGUGUUGACACUGCAUUAGAUUUGCUUCAAACUGCAGCAGCUGAGAUUGAAGAAAAAUCAGAGACCAUAGCUGAGAAAUUUUUAGCUGGAGAUAUGGAGGUAGACGAAUUUUUUGAACAAUUCUUAUCAGGACGGAAAUUGAUGCAUCUGCGAAAAGUUAAAGUAGAUAAAUUAAGGGAAUUAAUUAAAAAAUCGCAUUCUACUACUGGUCCUGGUUAUCCGAUUGCCACUAAUUAUCCUGGUAUUACACCGUCAAUUCCAUAUCCAGCCGGGCCUGUUUCAAUGCCAAUGCCUGUGCCAUCUGGUUUACCUCAUUACAGGCCAUAUUAAUUAUAUUCUGUGUAUAAAAUACUCAUAAAACAAAACGUAUAUUCGUAUCAAUUCAGUUUACAACUACUGAAAUUCUAUUGUAUAAGAUGUAAUAUAAAAAGUUGGUAGCAUUUCAUUGAAAAGCGCUGUAUAUGAAGAUAAUAUAAAAUUAAGCUAUUAAAUUUUAUAAUAUUAUCA